ACCACUCAUACACUAAAUCAUUUAUCAUUUAUAUAUAUAAUGAGUUCUUCCCUUCCACUUCCUUCUUUCCUAUAUGCUUUCAACAUGUAUUUGUUUCUUUGAGAGAGAGGGUGGUUUCUUAUAAAUUUGGUUUUGAUUUGGGGUAGCCAAGUAGAUUUAUAGUGCAAAAAAUGGAUGUGAAAUUGGGUUGCUGCAGUCACAAGUCUAAUUCAGGCAAGAAAAGGGAAGAGGAAGAAGAAAUGAGCCCAACAUCUGAGGAACUAAGUUUCAAGAAUCUAUCAAAGAUUGUAGUUCCACCACUUGGUGUUUCAGGUUACAGUAGCUCCAAUGUUCCUCAUGGAAGAAUCAUCUCUCCAAUGGAUACAAGAUAUCGGUGUUGGGAGACAGUGAUGGUGGUAUUGGUUGUGUACUCGGCGUGGGUGUGCCCUUAUGAGAUAGCAUUUCUUAACUCAAAACCAAGCCCACCAUUAUACAUAGCUGAUAACAUCGUCGACAUCUUUUUUGCCAUCGAUAUUAUCCUCACUUUUUUUGUUGCUUAUAUGGAUUCCACCACUCAAUUAUUGGUUCUUGAUCGUAAAAAGAUUGCCAAAAGGUACCUAUCAACAUGGUUUAUAAUGGAUGUGGCUUCAACCAUACCAUUCGAGACUAUAGCAUUCAUUGUUACCGGCAAACAUCACGGCGGCGUCUCCUACUCCGUCCUCGGCAUGCUCAGAUUUUGGCGUCUCCGUCGUGUCAAGUGUUUCUUUACCAGGAUCGAAAAAGACAUCAGGUUUAGCUAUUUUUGGGUUCGAUGUGCGAGACUCCUGUUCGUGACAUUGUUGCAAGCACAUUUUGCGGCAUGCUUGGCAUACUUGCUGGCUGUGCAGUAUCCAGACGAAGGCAACACGUGGAUCGGGUCAGCUAUACCGAACUUCAAAGAGACGAGCCUCUGGAUUCGAUACAUCUCGGCCUUGUACUGGUCGACCACCACAAUGACCACCGUUGGCUAUGGCGACAUCCACGCUCAGAACACCUUAGAGAUGGCUUUCAUCAUAUGUUACAUGCUCUUCAACCUAGGCCUCACUGCUUACAUCAUUGGCAACAUGACCAACUUGGUCGUCGAGGGCACCCGUCGAACCAUGGAAUUCAGAAGUAGCAUCGAAGCCGCAUCAAGUUUUGUGAUGCGGAAUCGUCUGCCUCCUCGGUUGAAAGACCAGAUUCUGGCUUACAUGUGCCUCAGAUUCAAAGCCGAGAGCUUGAACCAGAACCAACUCAUACAACAGCUCCCCAAAACCUUAUGCAAAAGCAUCCAACACCACCUCUUCUUACCAACCGUGCAAGGCGUCUAUCUCUUCAAGGGUGUAUCCACAGAAAUCCUCAUGCUUCUGGUAGCAGACAUGAAAGCAGAGUACAUCCCACCGCGAGAGGAUGUUAUAAUACAGAAGGAGGCUCCUGACGACGUCUACAUUAUCGUGUCCGGGGAAGUAGAGAUGAUUGACUGCGAAAUGGAGAAAGAAAACGUCGUUUGGGAGUUCAGUUCGGGUGGCAUGUUUGGUGAAGUCGGAGCCUUCUGCUCAACGCCUCAGAGCUUCACCUAUCGUACCAAGACGCUCUCGCAGCUGCUGAGGCUCAAAACUUCGUCUCUGGUUGAAGCAAUGAAGACGAGACAGGAGGAUAAUGUCAUCAUGCUCAAGAACUUCCUUCAGCAUCACAAGAAGCUUAAGGAUUUGCGGUUGGGGGAUUUGUUCAUGGAUGAAGAGGUGGAUGGUGAUGUGAACAUGUCGAUCAAUUUGGUGACUGUGGCAGGAACGGGAAAUGCUGCGUUUCUUAAUGAGCUUCUGAAGGCCGGUCUUGACCCUGAUGUUGGAGAUUCUAAAGGGAAGACUCCAUUGCAUAUAGCGGCAUCGAAAGGCCACGAAGAAUGUGUAGUUGUUCUCCUCAAACAUGCUUGCAGCUUACACCUAAGAGAUUUGGAAGGAAACACAGCGCUAUGGGAAUCUAUUGCAGCAAAGCAUCAUUCAAUAUUCAAGAUCCUCUACCACUGGGCUUCCAUCUCUGAUCCAUUCAUAGCCGGCGAUCUCCUCUGCACAGCAGCCAAACGAAACGACGUGGGAGUGAUGAAGGAGCUGCUGAAACACGGGUUAUACGUUGACUCAAAGGAUGUGCAUGGGCAAACUGCUAUCCAAGUGGCGACGACAGAGAAACAUUUAGACAUAGUGCAGCUUCUAGUGAUGAACGGGUCCCAAGUCGAUGAAACCAUCAUGAAUAUGAUUCCAUCGGUAAAUUUGAGCGAUAUGCUGCAGAAGAGGGAGAUAGGGCACUGCAUAGUUAUGUCUGAUACCACCGGAGAAGAUGAUAGCCACAAGAAAAAUAAAGAUGAGGAAAGGUUGGUACUCCCUUUGAGGGUUAGCAUCUACCGAGGCCAUCCGGCCAAUCGGAGCACUACUAAUCAUCCUGGUAAAUUGGUGAGAAUGCCAAGUACAUUAGAUGCGCUCAAGACCAUUGCAGGUCAGAAGUUUGGGUUUGAUGCUACAAAUGCAUUGGUGACUAAUGAGGAAGGUGCUGAAAUUGAUUCCAUUCAAGUGAUAAGAGAUAAUGAUAAACUGUUUAUAGUUGAGACUGAGAGUUAGUGUUAUAUAUGUUAUGUAACAGUCUGCAUAAUUUUAGUAGCACCACUACAGCAAAUUGUUUAGUAGUGUGGCUAGUGGCAUAAUUUUAGUGAUCCCCAGGGCUUUGUCACAAAAUUUGCUACUUCUUUUCUGUAACAAAAUCGGCUUACAUAUAUAUAUACACACUUUUGUACACA